CAAAUUUUCCUAAAAUUGAUCCUCAUAUAUAUCCUCAUAGGCGGCGACAGAUCGAUCUUUUUUCCUCUCUACAUAUGAGGAAGCUUUGUCCAAAUCUUGAGCGAGAAGAUGCUCUGGACACCGUCCUCGAGGUUCCUCUACCGGAGGAGAUGUUCCCCGGCAGCGAGAAGGGAGGUGGGAAGGGAGGAUCGUCAUCGUCUACCAGCCAAGAAGAUCACUACGCGUGGCUCAAAUCGCAGCCAUUCGACAAAGCCACCGAUUCCGCGCCGCAGCAGAAGCUUUCCGGCCGCACUGCCGAGCUGGAGCUCCUCCUUAGGGUCUUAGGCUCGCCGCUCAUCCCCGUCCCCGUGCCCUUCGACACCGCUUUCAAUAGCCGCUCCGUCCGUGAAUCAUCCAUUCAGGGCGUGGACCCGCGCUCAACAGCGAAUCUCUUCGCCGAUGCGGUGUGCAUCGGUGAAAAGAUCAUCAACAGAGAGGAAUGCUUCAUCCUAAAACUGGAAGCCAAUGCUCACGUCCUCAAAUCUCGUAGCUCAUCUAACUUCUACAUUAUCCGUCACACAAUUUGGGGCUAUUUCAGCCAACGCACCGGCCUCCUUAUGCAGCUCGAAGACUCUCAACUUCUCCGUAUGAAAGCCGACCGCUCGGCCUCAGCACAGAUCAGCAGCAGAAACAACAAUAACAACAACAAUGAUUCAUCCAUCUUCUGGGAAACUUCUAUGGAGUCUAUCGUCGACAACUAUCGCUACAUUGAUGGCAUCAAUAUCGCUCAUAGUGGUCGAACUGUCGACACUCGAUACGGCGAGGGAUCGGUUAAUCACCGACGCCGGAUGGAGGAGAUUUGGACGAUUGAGGAAGCUGAUUUCAAUCUACAUGGCCUCGCAAUGGAUCAUUUUCUGCCGCCGUCGGAUCUUAAGGUUGAUUGCAACUAGAGUUUGUUAGUACUUUUCUUUCAAUUAAUUGAUUUUAUUUUUUUGUCCCGCUUCUAAUUACUCAGUUUUUUUUGUUUUGCGCUUCUAAUUACUCGG